CUCAGCAUAAUUUUUGGAUCAGCGUUGGUUAAUUAAUAAUCUUGUGCUUCACUUGAACUCAACUCUUCAGUGAGUGCUGCAUAUAUAUUCAAGUUUUCAGAGCAGUGCAAAUGACAACACACUACCAAGCAGCAAGCUCAAGAUUACACAAGUACUCAUUCUUCCCUUGGGGAAUGUUUAGCUAAUAAUUAUCCUUUAUGCAAAUAUAGUAAUGCCUGACUGAAGACUUUCAUUCAUUCCAAUGUGCAGAACCAGAGCUGAACAUUCCUGUCAAAAAGCUAUCCAGGACACAUACAUGAAGUAGACACUGAGAUAAUGGAAAGACUUGAGGCCACCAGGAUGGAAAACACCACAUCUUCCUAUUUUCUCUUGGAAAGAAAGACUCAUGUCAAGAUUAGUAGGAAAGAAGUCGUGCUAGCUAAGAUGAGGAAGAGCUGCACUUUCACCCCAAAGAAGCUUAAGAACUUUGUCAUGGACUUCUUCCCUGUUUUACAAUGGCUUCCCAAGUACCAGUGCAAACAGUAUAUUUGGGGGGAUGUUAUGUCUGGUUUAGUGAUUGGGAUCAUUUUGGUGCCCCAAGCAAUUGCAUACUCACUCCUAGCAGGUCUAAAGCCUAUUUAUAGUCUUUACACAUCAUUCUUUGCCAACAUCAUCUAUUUCUUAAUGGGCACAUCCCGACAUGUCUCGGUUGGCAUUUUCAGCUUGAUAAGCUUAAUGGUAGGACAAGUUGUGGACCGAGAACUUCUCUUGGCUGGGUUUGACUUGAAUGAUGAUGUAUCCCCAGCCUCAGCCGACGGCUCUCUGCAAAAUGACAGUCAGUUCAACACGACUGCCUUCAACUUUACAACCACGGGGAUGAACACUGAGUGUGGGAAAGAAUGCUACGCCAUUGGCGUUGCUACAGCCUUGACAUUUGUAGCUGGAGUGUAUCAGGUUCUAAUGGGAAUCUUUCGUCUGGGUUUUGUAUCUAUGUACCUAUCUGAGUCUGUUCUAGAUGGCUUUGCAACUGGUGCUUCCUUAACCAUUUUAACAGCUCAAGUGAAGUAUCUGAUUGGAAUAAAAAUCCCACGGAGCCAAGGGCAUGGGAUGCUUGUUAUUACCUGGAUUAAUAUUUUCCGGAAUAUUUCUCAGGCCAACCUUUGUGAUGUCAUCACAAGUGCCAUUUGUAUUGUUGUGUUGGUCACUGCUAAGGAACUGGGAGAUCGGUAUAAGCAUAAGCUGAAAUUUCCUCUUCCCACAGAGCUGGUAGUUAUUGUUGUGGCAACACUGGUAUCACACUAUGGGAAGUUAAAUGAAGUCUAUGCAUCCAGUGUUUCUGGAGCUAUUCCAACAGGAUUUAUUCCCCCCAAGGUACCACAUUUCAACUUAAUGCUUCGAGUUGCUGUAGAUGCUUUGCCUCUUGCCAUAGUCAGCUUUGUCUUCACUGUAUCCCUUUCUGAAAUGUGUGCAAAGAAAUAUGCUUACACCAUCCGAGCCAAUCAGGAAAUGUUUGCUGUGGGAUUCUGCAACAUCAUUCCUUCUUUCUUCCACUCUUUUGCUACCAGUGCAGCUCUGGCAAAAACACUUGUCAAAACAUCUACUGGCUGCCAGACUCAAGUCUCUGGAGUAAUUAGUGCAAUGGUGGUUUUGCUGGUGCUGCUUUUCUUGGCACCUCUCUUCUACUCCUUGCAGAAGUGUGUCCUGGCUUGUAUCAUCAUUGUCAGCCUCCGAGGAGCCCUGAGGAAGUUCCGAGAUGUGCCAGCACGGUACCAGGUGAAUAAGGUGGACACACUUGUUUGGGUUGUUACUAUGUCUGCCUCUGCCUUGAUCAGCACAGAAAUAGGGCUGUUGGUUGGCAUUGUUUUCUCCAUGUUGUGCAUCAUUGUUCGGACACAGCGGCCACGGACAGCCCUGCUUGGUCAGAUCCAAGACACCAGCUUUUAUGAGGAUGACUUUGAAUAUGAAAAUCUCUCUUCUGUUCCAAAGGUCAAAAUAUUCCGUUUUGAGGCCCCACUUUACUAUGCAAAUAGAAACUACUUCCUCAAGUCUCUGCACAGAUUGACUAACUUAGAUCCUAAUGUAGAAGCUGCUAGAAGGAAGAAAUACAACAAGGAAAAGCAGCAUCUGAAAAAGGGAGAUCAUACAACUGCUAACGGACUUGGCAUCAGAGAAACCACUCUGCAGCUAGUUCCUAAGCAAAUUGAUUUCCAAGCCCUUGUUUUAGAUUGCUCUUCCAUCUCAUUUUUGGACACCACUGGAGUUAAUACUCUAAAGGAAAUCCUGAAAGACUACAAGGACUUAAACAUUUCUGUUCUCCUGGCUUGCUGCAAUCCCUCAGUGAUAGACUCUCUGCAAAGCGGAGGUUACUUUGGGAAAGAUUUUGCAAGUAUGAAAGAAAUGCUCUUCUACAGUAUACAUAAUGCUGUGCAAUUUGCAAAAGACCAAAAGCUUUCAGAAGAUUGCUCCGUUUAAUCCUGUACCUUCCUCGACAAAUCAUUACUACAAAAAUGACAUAGGAGAAGGAACAUUUUGUAGUAAUUAAAUUAUCAGACACACUGUUGGCUGUGUACAGCAACUGGCCUACAAGCCAUUCUUCCCUGAAGAGUUCUGCUGGUUGUCAGAUGCCACAUAAAACAGCCACUGGGGAUACAGACCAGGACCAGGAACAGGUUAGAUUACCUGCACCCUCACUGUAAAAUGCAGGUGAUGUGCAAUAGGGAAGUUUGAGAUUGACUUUCCCCUUGUAGCAUGAUCAUGUGUGACCCAACAUAUAUAGCAUGAAACUGUUGUGCUGGAAAGUCUGCCCAGCGUCCACUGACUCUCCCAGUGUCUUAACAGCUGGUUUCUGUUAAUAAGGCUAAAACAUCCCUGUGAAAAUGCAACCAAUUUAGCAUCUUGGUCACAUAGCAGUUUAAAUUCUAGCUUUCAAUGCCCAGUCCCUUCCAUCAUUCUAGGUUUGCUCCUAAACAACUCCCACUAUGCGCACACAAAUAAAUGUAUCAAAUAUUGCGGAAUGUAGCAGGGCUCUCCACCUUGAUUACAUAGGCAUAAUGACACAAAUUCU